AUGACGCCAGAGCAACCUUCCUUAGAAGAAUAUUUGGUUACAACAUUUUCCAGAAUAAAGGAUGAAUAUGGUCAACAACUUGACAUUACGUUAGCGUUACCUACACUUGUUGAAUUGAUUGUAAAGGGCGGUCAAGAUGAUUCCGACAAAAAAUACGCAUUUGUGGGAGAGGCAGCUUGUCAGUUUGCUGUACGUUGCAUUCUCGCCAAACAAUACCCAAAGUACGAUGACAGGAUUUUAGACCCACUUGCUAAAAAAUUCCGCGCUUUGCAGCGCGUGAAUAAAAUCAUCUGGAAGGAAAUCGAGUUGAAGAAGAAUGUAUCACAGCCUUUGCCACAAGACAUCAUUCAAACUAUGGCUGGUGUAUUGUAUCACGUUUAUGGAUUAACAGCAGUAGAAAAAUUUAUUGAAAAUGCAGUGAUUCAAGUGGCAGCCAUCGCUUUAGGUGAGGCAACUGCUAUUUCCCAAAAGAUGAACCAACAAGCCAGUCCUAUUGGAAAGUUUCAUGAGAUGGUUCAACAAGGUGGUGGAUCACAGACAUUUACAGUCAAGGAGACCCCCAGUAAACACUGGCAAGUGGAAAUCGUUGCUAAACUCGGUCAAACAUCCAUCUACUUUUCCCAUUCACGUAUCGCACAUUCCAAACAAAAGGCAAGAGCUGCCAUCUGCCAAGAUAUUUUGAAUCAUUUGGAAAAGCAUCCUGAUUUCUUGAAUCAAUUACAACAACCUAAUGUUGAAUCCACUGACGUACAUCCUUUGCCCAUUAGCGAAGAAGAUUACGCGGUUGUAUCCGAACUUAACGGCAAUUAUCCUUCCGCCACCACAAGUAAUGCGAUGGAGAGUGAUCCUAAUAACGUGCAUAUCGCAUUUAAACAAGAUGAUGAUACCGUCAGUCUCCUGUCCAAAUUAUUAUUAGGUCCUUCCGAUAUGGAUCAAGAUGAUGACAUGGCAGAAUCCCCUACCAAAAAGAGAGCCCGGGGCCUAGAGAGUAUUUUUUCACCUCCUACUCCCACUGCUUCCACUGCUCCCGCUACUGCCAUCACUAGCACCACGAAUGAGAUGGAAGUCAUCAACACAAGACUGGAAGAAGAAACAAUGGCUGUCGAGAUAGAGGGUACACAGGAGGAACAGGUCACAGCGGAUGAGUCUGCUAUGGUUACAGUAAAAGAGGAACCCACAGAUAUGACAAUAAAGGAGGAUACCACACCUGCUGAAUCCACCAUUGAUUCUUACAACCCUUUCUUGAGUUCGCAACCCGCGGCCGAGACAAAUCCAAAGAUCCUUGCUCAUUUUAAGGAAGUAUUCAAGCACAAUCGCAACACCCUUUCCGUGGCUGUUGGCAUGCCCGGCCAAUCCAAGAGUAUAUUUUUAUCUCUGGUACUCCAGAAUGGAGAAAAGGUGAGCUGUGAAUCGGAAACGAAACAAGUUGGCCCCCCGCAUGGCCCUGUCUUUAGCGCCAGAGUAAUUUUAAAAUCGAAAAGAUAUGCGAAUGUUUUUAUUAUCACGGAAGGUGUAUCAAGGAAGAAAAAGGAUGCGGAAUGUCAUGCUUUCCACAAAUUGGUGAAUAUACUCAAGUAA